AUGCAUCCGGAUCGUGUGUCGGUCUAUGAGGCUUCCUCUUAUCACGGCGAAGGCGAGGCCUCUCGCCCCGCGUACCAGUCUCCUAUGCCUCCCACCGCACCUCUGGAUGCCCCCCCUUUGCCGCUUCACCAUACACUUCCGCAGGCGGCGCUGGCGCCACCGCCUGCCGCCGUCGACUCUGCGGCUCGUGGCGGAGGGCAGCCGGCCGCGCCCCUCGUUUUGUCUGUCUCAAUCACGGUUAUCGAGCCCUGCAUAGAGGCCCCGCUUCCCGGUCUCGACCCCGUGACCGCGCCCUUUUCGGGGCGUCGUCUCUGGCGCAUUCCUGUCGUCCGGAUCUACGGGGUCGUCAAUGAAAACCCGGGCGUGUCGCUCUCUCGCGCAGCUGCGGCGCGGCUUUUCCCUCCAGCUUCCGAGCGCCUGGCGUCUACUCCGUCGGCUCAUGUGGGCAUCUCACCGGCCGGAGCGGCUGUGCAAGCCGCGUCAGGCGCCUGUCCCGCAGGCGACAAGCGCCUGCUGGGGCGCAUGUGCUGCGUCGCUGUGCACAACGUGUUUCCGUAUUUCUUCGUGCCUGUCCCCCGCGACGCCCAGGACCGACCUGAGGCGUGGCUGCAGUGGUUUGGCGCCAAACUCCGCGAUUGCGAGGAGAAGCUGACCGCGCGCAGAGGCCGCGACGACGCUGCGUCAUCCAGGCACGAGACGGCGCGGCGGUGGGGCGGGGGACCACCCCCGCGCCCAGUGCCGACGGCCGCGUCGCCCUCCGCGGCGGCUUCCCCGGGGGCUCCGUUGGUCUUUUCCCUGAGGCUCGUUCGGAAGCGCGCCUUCUACGGAUACGACCCUGCGCCGCGGUUUUUCGUCCAGAUCUUCACCCUGCAGCCGGGCCCCAAGUCUGUGCAGCUCGCCGCCUUGCUGCUGCACGGCCGCGUCACCGGGCGCCCGCUCCAGCCGUUCGAAAUCCACAUUCCUUUCGUGAGCCACUUCCUCGCCGACCAUUGCCUCCGCGGCAUGGACCGCCUCACGGUCGCCGCGCCCAGGUUCGUCAGGCCGCUCCUACUCUCCCCCGCACUCCUCUUGCCGCGGCAUGUGCGGCCCGCGCCGGGGCUGGGCGCCGUCCCAAACUGCGCGGCGUUCGCGAGGGUGCGCCAGACAGAGUCCCUGAGCGUCACCGAUCCCACGGGCGACACUCUGCGGCCGGCGGCUUCAAUGACUGUGGUGCCGGCGCGGCCCGACCAGCUGGCGGGCGCCCUGCAGCGUGGGAAAGACGCCUGCCCUGGCGGCGGCGCGGACCCUCGCGACGGGACUCAGGGGACUGGGGCGAGGGGACAGCGGGCCCACGAGCCGGUGGAUAGCGGCCCAGGCGAAGCGUGCGGCGGGCACGAAGACACAGGCAACGCGGCGAAGUCGGAAGGAGGGACAAGCGCUGCCGGCAGGCUGCGUGUGACAACCUCUCCUUGGGGGCCUAGGGUCUGUUCGACGGCGUGCAGCGACCUAACCCUGCAUCGCUUCUCAGAAGCGGUGCCAGGGUCGGUGUUCCUUAACUCCGCUUGGGCGCGGCUUUGGUCUCGCGUGAGGGACUCGGCGGUGCUGAAGGCCGUGGAAGAUGCCCCCCGAACAGAGGAAGCAGAUCUGCUUUCACGCUCGGCCGCAAAGGCCUCUCUCCUGCGUGCGUCGCCGAUGCGCGUUUCCGCAGCCUCUCAUUCGGCGUCCCCAGCGGCACCUCUAUCUUCGGGUUCUGCGCAGCCCACCGCGGCGCCGUCGCCGGCGGCCGACCCGCCAGAUACCCUUCUCUCUCGAGACUCGCCCGGCUUCCACUUGUUGCAUGCGCGCAUCCUGCGUCGUACAAAGUGCGAGCUGGAAUGCCAUGUGUCGUCGCGAGAUAUUCUGAAUCCGUUCUUCGUCUCGGAGCUCGACCUGGGCGAUGCGCCAUCCUUGGCGCCGUCGGCGGCCUCCUGCGCGCCUCCGCCAGCACCGAAAAGCGAAUCUGCAGAGCCUGCUGGCCGCCAGCUGACCGCAGAAUUCGCCGCGGGAGUGCUGCUGCCCUCCGUGUUGGAUUUCUGGUCGGAAGAGGCGAGACGCUGCGCGCGGCUGGGCAUCCCGUUCCCCUUCCACGACCCCCACGCCGGCCUGCCCUCUCCCAGCACCCUUCCACCAGCUGCCGCCGCGGCCCUCGCCCAAAGAGACGAGACCCCCGCGCGCGAGGCCGUACCUGAAAUCUUCAAGCGAAGACUUGCGCAGCUCCUCGUAAGGACUGGAGCCCUCCGGGAUGUUGCCCUUCUGGAGGCACAGCUGCGAGGCAAAACCGACCCCGACGCGGAGAGCGCUGCAAAGCCAGGGGAGCAUGAGGAAGCGGUAAGCGGCCGCGAAGCUGCGGCAUCUUCCCGGCUGGAGGUGCCUGGACGGCCGGCGCGUUCGCAGAGCCUUUCAGGGAGCCCACACUGCGAAGGCGAAGACAGUCAAAGCCCCUCACACGCACGAUUUCGAGGGGAAACGCAGGACGAGAGUGAGCGGAGGACCCGCAGCGCAGAUGGUGCAACUAGGGGCCCUGCCGUUCCGCAUGCCGCGGAAGAUGUGGCGCGAGCGCAGCAGGUUUCUACCACGUUCUGCGAGGACUCGGGUGGGCGACAGGACGAAGCCACGGGCGAUGGAGCGUCGCCAUCUCGGUUGCGAGAUCGCCUACAUGAGACUUGUGAGAAGCACUCCACGAAGCGGCUGUGCGUCACUUCUAGUCAGCCUCAGGGUGAGGCUGGAGGCGCGAACGCCGCGGGCACUGCAGCCUCGACGGCCGACGCCCGGUACGCUCUGGAGGUACCCUCUCCGUCUUCAUCGUUGCGCCUUUCUCUUCACGAGGGCAUGCAAGCGGCGAGGCACCGCCGACUGUCUCAGUCUUCUGCGACUUCGCCUUUUGCGCCUUCCUCAACUGACGAGUCAGAGUUGCCCUUUGACGCGUUCGCCUCGCCCGCGGGGUCUCAACACUUUUCUCUGAGCGGCAGCCAGGGCGUCUCUGCCGCUGCUGCCUUGGAUGCCUUCCGUUCGAUCUCCUCCGCAAACGCGCCUGCAGACUUUGGCGGGGUAUCUGAAGCGAGCGCCCGCUGGAGGCCCCUUUCGCCUUCCCUCGGCGCCGCGGCAGAGACGCCUGUAGAAAUGGAGCCGACGACGGCUGCGGUCGCGGCGGAGGGGACGCUGGAGUCCUUCGAGGCCGGCGCGGAUCGGCGGGUCUGGCCUCCUGUUUGCCCAGGAGAGGCUCGUGGGCCUGAGUCGUGCGGGGUACGUCCGUCUGAUUCGCGUGAGACAGCCUCUCCAUCGCAUGUGCAGUCGCGUGAAGACAGGGCCUCGCUCUCCGGGGGCGAGGACUCACGGGCGCUUCCACUGACCUGCGCAGCCCCCCCGCGUCGGUCGAGUGCCGAAGCGCCCCGAGCCGUGAGGGCCUGUAGGAGUGGCUGCGGGGAAGGGCGGACGCUUCCCCGUGGCCUCCCAGCGCGCGUGUCCGCCGGCGAUGCAGACAUGCGAGAGACAGAGGACGCUACUGCUGGCGCGUGCCUCCGGCGACGUGCGCGCCCGGUCGAGCCCUCGUCAGCGCAGCAUGCCCACACAGCGGCGACAAGGAAACCGGUGUCCGCUCGAAUCAGGGACACCGAGACUGACGCCAGACGUCCAGAAGACGUCCUGAAAGGGGGGGACUCAGCCCACACCGAAGGCGACUCUAGGCGGGGAGAGACAACUCGGUGGAGCGAGGCGCGUGUGGAGGACGCGCGAUCGGAUGCCCGAAAGCGGGGGCAAGAGGCAGAGGGCCUCGGCGUGUCCUCGGCGUCGCGCGAAGAGGCGCUAGAUGCAGGUGCCUUCAGCGACAGCGCGUACGACGCCGUUCUCUCCUCGAACGAGGCUGAGGAGGGAAGCAGGGGCCUGCGACGAGGAGGGCGCGGCGAGGGAAGCGAGCUGUUUGCCGGGGGCAGUUCGAGCCGCUCUCAGUCCAGCGUCUCGGACGUGAGCAGCGCAGAAGAGGAGGCGCGGCGUGCGCGACGAAGCCAAAGGCAGAGAAAACGAUUCGGGAGGAGAGAAGAGACGGCUGGCGUCGACAGCGGCGCGUCGAGUAGCUGCUCGCCCACGGCAGGCUACGACGCCAGCGCGGGCAGCAGCGACGAGGCGAGCCCGCCCAGCGAGCCUGGGGAGGUCUCGGAAGCUGGGCGCGAACUUGCGCAGACGCGAGCGUGUAAAGAGAGGCGGGAAGACAGGCGGCAACAGCCCAUCUUUCCGCCGCCGCGUCCCACGGUGGAGGAGCGUGGCGCGGGUACAGAGGCGUCGUCGGGCUCGCGCGCCGAGGGCUCAAAGGGAGUUCCUUUAGCGGGUUCUCGCGAGGCUUUGAGCAAUGGAGACGAUGGAGAUCCUCGGCGACCUGAUCGUGGCCUCGACGGGCGUCUUCGUUUCGCGUCCCUGCACCCUGUCGAGAGCCAUAGCCCCUAUGCUGAGCGGGUCACGGCCCCGUCCUUUCGGAGACUCUCUAGGCCGAGCCGCGCGAACAUGGCCGGCGUACGAGCCUCGGCGGGCAACCGCGACGACGCCUCAGAACCGCAGCCGCUCACCGAGGGUCUCGUGGAGUCACGAAAUGCGAGUUGCGGCGGGGCGAAACCUCGCAGCGAGACUCCGUUGCUCUCGGGGGCCGGCUUGGCGGAGCAGGGACGGGGAGAGGAAGGCAGCUCGUCGUCCUCCUACGCCGCCACAGUUGUACUGACGAGUGCCUCCGAGGACGCUUGCCGCGGCGAUGAGCGACCGGAUCCUGAAGACGAAGGGCGACCAGAGCGGUACGACCCCGCGGCCGAGAAAGGAGCCCGGAGUGAGACAGUUUCGCCGGGAGGAAGAGGGCCCUCGCAGGGCGAGGGACCGAAACAGACCCCAGGCGGGCUGGGCAGGUCGAAGGCUCCACCUGAGACCAUCGACGGCGCGAAACACAGCUUCCGGGAGGAGCUCUCUCCGCGCCGUCGUGAGUCGCAGGCCACCGCUGGCUCUGCGAAAAGGCCUUCGCAUCCGUCGCAGCUUUCUUUGGCGCCUUCGGUGCACGACUCUGUCUCGAGUCAACACCGUUCUGUCUCGCAGUCCUGGGUGGCGGGAUGGCCAGACACGCCGGCGAAGCAGCCGUUCUUUGGAGAUCCGCACGACGCGCCCGCCGCCUUCUUGCGCGCACCGCACGCGCCAGGGGACAUCCGGCAGUUCCGCCCGCGCGACGGGGCAGCCACUGGGGCUCAGCGCGCCAGCAGCGUCGCCGCAGCAGCCCAGGAGGCACGCCUGCUGGCGGAGAGACGCACAGCCCUGGGGUUGAAGACGAGGAGACGACGGGGGAAAAAAAGGGUUCGCCAGUCUCAGGCCAUCACACUCUCGUCGCAGCAAACGUCUUCGCAGGCGUCUCAGUGCACGAGCCGCGAGGCGUCCCAGCUGACUUCUUCGCAGGCAUCCGACCGCCGCCCUCUGCUAUCAGGAGAAGGCGGACUCGAGGUGCCGAGAAGUCACCGCGCAGAUCCGAGAAACGACAGCGGGUCAUCGCACCGCGUAGGCUGGCGAGUUGAGGCUGAGGGCGAGAUGAGCGGGGCGAGCGGUGCUAGGGUCUCUCAGUCCUCGCUGGGCGGAGCCGGGGAACACGAGACGUCUGUCAUGGAGAUUGUGUCCUCCGCCUCUGAAGGGGACGAGGACAGCGCUCGCGGCCGUCUCUUAAAUGCGCCUCGGGCUUCUUGGAGCCCCGUCGAGGCGGCAGGGGAGACAAACGAAGCCGUUUGGCCCGACGUCAGGGGCGUCAGGGACGCAGGGAGAGACCCCGGCUUUUGCGGGGAACUGUCGCCCUCAGAAGGGCUCGCGCUGCCGCCGAUAGACCGGUUGUUGGGCUUCCACAGGGCCCCGCCCGCGCUGGAGGAGGCGCUCGCAAGUAGCGCGCCUCACGCUCAGGAUCGGCAUCGGCGGCUGGUCGAAAGAACCGCGCGUCGUGAGGCGCGGCGUCGCAGAAGGGAGGCCUGCGAAAACCAGAGGAGGAAGGAGCGGGCGGAACGCCGGUCAGACGGCUCGAGGAACCAUGGGCGCCGCGGGGCGAGAGGGGGGGCGAGCAGAGAGCGGGCCGCUUGCAGCCAGAGCCGCAGACCUGCGUUCAAAUGGGCGACGCGAAUGGAUAAUGUCGGCCGCAUUGUUCAGAUGCUUGUGCCAGAGACACAGCCUGCCGAGAGCGGCGAAGGCGAGUCUGUGAGGGGGCGGCGACGCGGUGGGCGAAAGGACCACAGCCAAAGUAGGACGCCGGUCCGCGGGAACUCGGAUAGACCAGGCGGGCCGCCAGGCGUCCAGGAGUCCAGCACGCCGCAGUCCGCUCCUGUAGGGCCGCAGAAUCUGUCGCGCCUGGCUGGGGCCUCUGGGAGUGCCGGUCGCCAGGAACCUUGUAAAGAUUCCGGUCGAGAGGCGUCUGUCUCAGGAAGCUCCGCUGUGCUGCUCAGUCCCUGCGCACCGCUCCACCCAAGCCUCUCGCCAGCUGCGGGCAGCCUCGUCUCGGCGGGGAGUGUCUUUCCUUCCCACAGGUCGCCUCUUGCUACGCCAGACGCCGCGGCGGUCGCUUGGGAGGCAGCGCUGGCUCUCGCGGGACCAGCAGUGCAGGGCAGGCGUGCGGGUGACUUUCGAGAGGCCUCGGCGUCUUGUCCAGGCGAGGGGGGAGACCGCUGCGGUCAGGAGCGGCGCAGAAUGCUUUAUGAAGAUGGUGACGCGCGACCGCGGCUUGAUGGACAGUCUGCAUCAUCCUCGCAGUCCCUGGCCUGGCUCUCGAGCUGUCUGUCUGCAGAGAGCGUCCCGACGAGUCACUCCUUUUCGUCUGGGGUCUGCGCGAGCAGCCACGAGUCCCCAAGCACCGCGGGCGGGGCGGGCAGGGCGUGUGGGGCGGCCGAGGGGAGCCGGUCGCAGCUGAGCGUCGCCGGCGAGGUGAAGGAGGCGAUGAAGCACGCGCGGCCCUUCCAGGCUGCCUCCAAACCGGGGGGGGAUCGCGCCGUCGACGAGGAUUCGGUGAUCCGCGGCGAGCAGAGACUCGCAAGUUACGGCGCGCUGGCAGUCCUCGAAGUCUUGGCUGAGCGCAGCGAAUGCAGCCCCGAGGUAGUCGACGCAGGCUCCCCAGAUCCCCAGCAGGACGCGAUCCUCGCUGUGGCUCUUCUGCUGCGAGAUGAGCGGCUGUCGCUCGCGUGCCGCCGGGCGCAACGUGAGGAUGCGCGGCGGCGCGAAGAACGUGCGGCACGGGCGACAGGCUGGACUGAAUCCGCCGAAAAGGGCGAGACGGCGGGAGACUGGAAAGGUGCCGGCGAAGCUCAACCGCCACAGCACGUCACGCAGGCCAAAGAAAGUGAAGAGGGCCUAAACAGCAGCGGGGAUGAAGGCGCGAGUGUGGAUACAGUCGCCAACGCCGCCUCAGACGCCGAUGAGGACAAGAGGAGUUGCAAAAGGAAGCUUUAUCUGGCGGCUGGCUCGCGUGCAGAGAAGGGCGAAGGCCACCAGACUCCGGGACAGGAUGCCUUAGCCUACUUCGAUGCCGCUAUCAUCAUUUUUGUCGAUAAGCCUUACAAACCGCGCCUGCCUCUGGCGUCCCCGUCGCCGUCCCCUGUGACUCCUGCGUUUCCGCCGGGUCGCUCUGCGUCUACGGGUCCUCUGGUCGAGUCCCCUUUGUUCAGCGCACCCGACGGCUUUGCCGGAUUUGCGGCUCUGUGGCAGGCUCGCCACCCCUUCUUGAAGCCUGCCUCGCAGCAGCUCGGCGCCUUCCUGUCUCCUGAGACCGAGCUGGUCGCGGCGGAGAGCGAGGUCGCGCUCCUUCGUCAACUGUGUCUCCUCUGCACUGUCGCGGACCCUGCCUUGAUCAUGCAGUGGGACAGCGGCAAUACUGGCCUGCGCUUUCUUCUUCGCAGGGCGCACGUCCUCGGCUGCGGCGCCGACGUGGCGAGAGGUCUAGGCAGGCGAACGGACUCGGUCCUGCUGUCAUCUCUCCAGUCCUACCUGGGCGCAGCCUCCACUGCGUCCGCCUCUCCCGCCUCCGGCACGUCCUCGUCGGCGGCCGCGCCGAGCGGCACGGCGGCGGUGCGAGCCCGGGGGGCUCCGUACCCCGCCGGGGGGCAUCCCGGAGGCCCCAGCCCCGUGCAGGCGGAUGGGUCCUCGUCGGGGCGCGGCGGGCGCGGCGUGACGCAGGUCCUCUUCGAGGGCGGCACGCUCUCGGGGCGCCUUCUGCUCGAGUGCUGGAGGCUGCUUCAGCGCGAAGUGAAGCUGCAGCAGUCCUCGCUGGAGGGCGUAACCCGCGAAGUCCUCGGGGUCACGUUCGCGAGCGUCCCGCCGGCGGUCCUGGCGAAUCUCUGGAAGCAGGGCCAAAGUGUUCUGAGGCGCGCGGAGCGCCGCGACGAAGUCGACCUCCUGACAGCUUGGCGGGCAUGGCAGCACGCCGUCAGGAGUUUUCGAGAGAGGAAACGCGCAAGGCCCGCCAGGGACGCGGCGAAGACGCGGCAAGAGGUUGACAGGGCAGGGGGCUGCGAGACGGCCUCCAGCGCUCCCCGUGAACAGGGAGGCACAAGCGGCCGCCGCAGCGACGGCGAGGCGCCCGAGGAAGGCGAGGGCGAGUCACAGCCGCCUGAAGAGGGCCGCGACGGCGUGGCGGAUGAAGCCGAAGAAGCCGCCGUCAUGCAGCGGCUCUUCCUUGAAGUCGAGAGCUCGAUUGGCAGGCCCGCGGGAAGCCUCGCUGACGCGAAACAGCAAGAGAGAGACCGGGAAGCUUUGUGGGCGAUCUCGACCAUGGGCGCGGUUCUCAAAUAUUUCCUGGGCAGGGCUCGUAUGACGCUCGCGCUGUUAGACAGCACGGAAUUGAUUCCGCGGACGUCGGAGCUUGCUCGGCUUUACGGCUGCGAUUUCUUCAGCGCACUGACGCGAGGCAGUCAGUUCAAAGUGGAGAGCGUCGUUCUCCAGGCCACCAAGCGCCUCGACUACCUCUUCGUCUCGCCUUCCCAGACGCAGGUCACAGAGCAGCCAGCGAAUCUCUGCAUUCCGCUGGUCCUGGAGCCGAAGAGCGGGUUCUACUGGAGUCCUGUGUUGGUACUCGACUUUCGCUCUCUGUACCCCUCGAUCAUCAUCGCCAACAACAUCUGCUACUCCACUGCUCUCGGAUCUGUCGAAGUCGACCCGACGGCGCAGCCGGUGAAGCGACUGGGCGUGUUGAACGUCUGUACGCCUCCCAGUCUUUUUCAGCAGGUCUCUGAGGCGUACUACAGCGCCUGGGCACGGGAGUUCGGCGUCGACCCGCGGGCGCUCUUUGACUCGCAGCGCGAAGGGGGGGAAGUGGCGAAGCCUGAAGGAUGCGGCGGCAGCAGGAAAAGCCAAGCCUCGAACAUCUUCUGCAGAAGCCAAGCGUGGGACGCGGAGAAAGCUGGAGUGCAUCUCUUGCCGAGCGGGGGCAUGUUUGUCUCGCGGCGCGUGAGGAAGGGCAUCUUUCCGCAGGUCCUUACCGACAUUCUUCAAACCCGAAUCAUGAUUCAAAAAGCUAUCAAGGUCUACAAAGGGAAGGUCGACGACGGCCUGCUGCGGCUGCUGAACUACCGACAAUACGGCCUCAAGAUGAUCGCCAACGUCACCUACGGCUAUACUGCCGCGAGCUUCUCCGGACAUAUGCCGUGCGCGGACAUCGCGGAUGCGAUUGUGCAGACAGCGAGGACGACGCUCAUGCGGGCGAUUGAGCUUGUUCACAGGACUCCCAGAUGGGGCGGCAGAGUUCUGUACGGAGAUACCGACAGUCUCUUCGUCCUCGUCGAGAACAAGUCGCUGGAAGCGGCUUUCGAGAUCGGCCGCGAAAUCGCCUACGCCGUCACCCAGCAGAACCCUGCGCCGGUUGAACUGGAACUCGAAAAGGUGUUUUAUCCGUGCUGUCUUGUCUCGAAGAAACGCUACGUGGGGAACGCGUACGCCGCGCCGAAUCUGCCGCCGACGUUUGACGCCAAGGUCAAGGCGCAUCUCUACAGGCAGUGGACGAAAAUUUUGGCCAACCAGGUUCCUCUGAAGGAAUUCAUUUUCUACAGAAAAUGCAGACUUGGCUCCUAUCGUGCGGAGUUCGGAGCCUCGACUGCCGCCUCGCUGCCGCCUCAGGCGAAGGUCGCUUAUGCGCGUCUGCAGGCGUUGGCGAGGGCGACAGCGGAUCGGGCCGGUGCGUCCGCUGCUGGCGAGGAUGCCGGCUCCGGCUCCAGGGCCUCCGGCGAUGGGCCCAGGCUGCAGGCGGGCCCGUCUCACGGCGAACGCGUGGCGUUUGUGUACGCCGACCUGGGUCUGGGCGGCGGGGAAGCGUUUUUACGAGGCAAGCAAUCUGCCCUGCGGCUUCUGGACUGCGCAGUCAGUCCCGAGCAAGUUGAGGGCGGCGGAAGGCCCGACAACCUUGUCCGCCUGUUCCUCUACGGCGCACCUCAACUCAUGCUGCGGCCGAUGCCUCUGCAGCGCCCCGAGAGCGGGGCUGGCGACCCCGAAGCCCGGGCGGCCGAGGGCGACGGCACGGAGGCGUGGCAACCGGCCGCUUCGCUCGGCUGGUUUCGACGCUGGGGGAAUGUCCCUGGCCUCGGCGCAGCCAAAAGUGAAGACGUGGUGCUUCCUCCGUGGUGGUACAGACAGCGGCAAGCGUCGCCUGCAGCUCCGGGGCAGGCUGCGCCGUUCGGGGGGCCGCGGGCUGACAUGAGCUCCAUGGUGGCGUUGUUCGCUCGGGCCUCGCCGUCGUCUGCCCCCCCGCCGCAGGCGCCGGACCUCGACGCCCCGGGUCCCUGUCUCGCGCAAGUGCCGGUAGAAGGCCCGGCGCCUCUCCUUCUUCCGGUGUACGCAAAGUACUACAUCGUGCGGCAGGUCAUCCCUGCACUCGAUCGCCUCUUCAGCCUUCUCGCCGGCGCCACAGCUGUCGACCUUCGUCAGUGGUUUGACACCAUGCCGAAGCCCCAGACGAGCCGCGCGACGCGGAUUCGCCGGCAAAUGCAGCCCGGUCCGCAGACCGUGAAGCCGCUUGGGCAGGCGAUGCUGAAGCUGGGAACAGGCGCAGUUCCAGGGAGACUCUCGAACCCCGUCACGCAUCGGGUGCUGGGCCGGCACGGGCCGCCUACUGACCGAACGACCUUGGCCCUUCAGAGGCCCCCCGCCGCGGCGCGCGGCGCCUCGGCGGCUCAGCGCCAGCAGAAGCUCCUGCGGGCGCUGAAAGCCGACAAGCCCGGGGCGGGAAGCGGCGUGCGCCUUCACCACUUCUUUGCAGCUUCGUCAUGCGUGUUUUGUGAGGCCAAGUGCCCCCUCCUCCGCCCGGGCAGCACCGGGGAGCUCCUGCAGAGAGGGCGAGAGACCGUGGCGGGACGCGAUGCGGGUCGGCCGGGAGACAGAGACAGCUGGAGACGGCGUCACAACAGCCCAAUUGCGUUUGAAGAAGAGGACAUGGUGCGCGCGAGGCUUUUCAAAAUAUUUGAAUGCAGCGGCUUCUCGAGCGAUGAGGAUGAAGACAGACAAGACGACGGGAAGGUCGUGAUUGACGUGUCAUCUGCCUCAGGGCCUUUGUUGGCUUCUGGGUCCGUGUUCCGCCCCUUAUUUGAAGCCCCGUCACCGCGCGAGUGGCAGCCUCCACCGGUGUGUGCAGACUGCAGCCGGGACGCUGAGCGGCUUCUGGUCGAGGCCCAUCUGGAGCUGAGGGAGGCGGAGCGAGGCCUGAAGGAAAUCGAAGACCUCUGCGAAGCAUGUGCAGGCAAGGAUGACUUAGGAACGAUAUGUAGUGCAAGCGGCAGGACCCCCAGCUGGGGCGCUUCACGGUGCCCCGUAGCUCAGUGA